CAUUAGAAAAUGGCGGAAGAGAAAAGGAGCGAUAGUUCAGCGGAGAAACAUCUUGAAGUUAAUGCUUCAAUGGAGAAAAGUGUACGACCUAAGUCGUCAAAAGUGUGGGAACACUUCACUUUAAAGACUUCAAAGAAGACAGUUUCUUGCAAAAUGUGCAGCAUGGACCUCGCAUGGCACGGAAGGACAACAUUGCUUCGGGAGCACCUGCAGCGGAGACAUGUUGGAGCCGUGGAUGAUGGGAAGAACUCACGGACCCUGGGUGGCAUUUUCGUGACCUCUGUGGAGCUUUUUUGUGGACUUCUGGAUCUGCCUCCUGGGAGCCUUUUGGCCAUGGAGACCAGCUGCUGGGUUUCUGCCACACCAGAGUCAGUUUGGAGAGACUGGGGGAGAUGCGGAUGGGGAGACGGGGCUGCGGAGCUGGAACCGAGCGUCAGGACGGACAAGCUUCACAGUGUCUUGGCUGAAUUAGCAGGUAUCGGACACCUCAGUCUUCUUGGACGUAUCCUCGCUCAUCCAUGCGGACUGGACACUGGCCGAGAGUUUGUUGGCAACUGAGAGUGGAGUCAGCUCUCUUGGUUGCUUUGUUGGGUCUGCUCCUGUCUCUGGCCAUGCUCUUUCCAUCCCAGCAGAUGACGGCACGGAACCCAGCAGAGGCCACCACAGUGUAUAUGUUUAUUUUACUUUUUAUUCAUAGCUGUAAGUAGAAGUGUCUGGUUGCAUCAGCUCUGCUACUUUAAUGUCUAUCAUGACCUUUUUGUUCUUUGAUUUUUGAUGUUUCCCUCUUACACAGAUGUAAGAGGGGAUGUGUACUAUGGCUAUGAGUUGUUUUUUUUCCCUUGGCCUCAGUCUGGACCCCUUCUCCAGGGCCCAGGCUUACACCGAUUUUUUUAUUUUAUUUUAAUCUUUAAUUUUUUUUGUCUCAAUCCCCUUAAUUGUUUACCUGUAUCUCACCUUUUUUGUAAGGGGCGCCGGGAGUUGGCAGACCCGUCAGCGAUCCUGUUCUGUCUCCCUGUAAUGUUUGUCUGACCUUGAAUGGGAUUGUGCUGAAAAUUUUGAUUUCCCCUCAGGGAUUAAUAAAGUAUGUCUGAUUCUGAUUCUGAUAAUGUGUCUCCGAAACAUUUGACUCUGUUUUGAGAGAGAAAACGCACGAUUACUAAUUUGGAAAUAAAGGU